AUGGUCAAGAUGUUCUUACUGGGUCUGUCUCUAUUCUGCCUUUUGAGGGGUGGGGAGCCAAAGUUCGGUAAAUCCAGAAGGGAAGUUUUGUGUAGUACCUGUGAACAUUUUAAAAAAGGCGCCUGCUUCAAGAAUGAGGGUACCUGCCUAACGAAGGAGGGCGCUGGAUGCAGAACCCGGUCUUACUAUGCAUAUGCUAACACAAGUGAUGGGUGGUCCUAUACUCAUACUAAACUGGACUGUGUUGAAAAUUGCGGAGAGACUGUAGAAUUCCUGGCUGCCUAUCAUGUGGUAAACAUAUGCUGUUCAGAUAGAAAUAAAUGCAAUGAAGAUUAUUCAUUAGCAUGA